AUGAGACCAAUCCUGCUCCAAGGGCACGAGCGAGCGCUGACCCAAGUGAAAUUCUCCAAAGAAGGCGACCUCAUUUUCUCCGUCAGCAAAGACCAUCUCGUCUGCGCAUGGUACUCGGCAAACGGUGAGCGCUUCGGCGCCUACAAGGGCCAUCAAGGAGCGUUAUGGACCGUCGAUGUCGAUCCCUCCACCACAUUACUCGCCACGGGCGCCGCAGACAGCACGAUGCGAUUAUGGGAAGUACGGACCGGAAAGCUGCUGAAGACAUGGGACUACCCCACCGCGGUGAAGAGAGUGGAGUUCAGCGAAGACGGGAAGCAGUUGUUGGCGUUGACGGAGAAGCGCACGGGACACCUCAGCAACAUCUACGUGUACGACAUCAACCCGGAUCCCGAGGCGUCGCAAACGGAAGAACCUAGCCUGCGGAUUACGGUCGAUGAGCUGCCGCGAGUGACGGUGGCGGGCAUCAGCUGCCUCAGCAAGUACAUUGUGACCGGACACGAGGACGGGAGUAUCUCGCAGUGGGAUGCGAAGACGGGCGAAUUGAUCCACACGGCGUUCAGUCACGAUGAGAACCAACUCGUGUCCGACCUGCAGUGGAGCGCAGACAGGACAUACUUCAUCACCUCGUCCAAGGACAAGACGGCGAAACUUCACGACACCUCCUCUCUCGAAGUUCUGAAGACAUACGUGGCAGACACGCCGCUCAACUCCGCCGCCAUCACUCCCGAACCUACGCAGUACGUUAUUCUGGGCGGCGGUCAGGCGGCUAUGGACGUCACGACCACCUCUGCCAGACAAGGAAAAUUCGAGGCGCGCUUUUACCACAAGGUGUUUGAGGAGGAGAUUGGCCGUGUGAGGGGUCAUUUCGGCCCGCUGAACUACGUCGCGGUGUCGCCCACAGGCCAUUGCUAUUGCAGCGGAGGCGAAGACGGAUAUGUGCGAGUACACCACUUCGACCCGCCGUACUUUGACUUCAAAUUCGAGGUGGAGAGGGAAAGGGAGCAGGGGUUGAGGUUUUGA